AACUCUGCAGUUGGUGGGUGGAGUGUUCAUAUAGAAAGCAGGGAGUUGCAGUGUUUAAACAAUAGAGCUUUUCAGACGGAACAUUUUCAGAGCUGCAGAAACAUGGUGAAAGCUAAGGUCUGGACACUUCGGAAGUAUUUUGUUGGCUUUCCAAAAGAGAGUGACUUUGAGCUUAAAGAAGAGACACUACCCGAGAUACAAAAUGGAGAGGUCCUACUGGAGGCUGUAUUCCUUAGCCUUGAUCCGUAUAUGAGAGCUGUGAGUUCAGCCUUAAUGAAAGAAGGUGAUGUUAUGAUUGGAGCUCAGGUUGCCAAGGUUCUUCAGAGCAAGAACCCAGCAUUUCCUGUGGGCUGUUAUGUGGUGGCUCCAGGUGGAUGGAGGACACACAGUGUGACCGAUGGCAAAGCAAUUUUUAGCCUCGAUAUGGCACGAGUUCAUCCUGAUUGGCCUAAAGAUGUCCCUCUUUCCCUGGCUGUUGGUGCACUGGGGAUGCCUGGUUUGGCUGCCCUGUAUGGCCUAGAGGAGAUUCUGCAGGUAAAGCCAGGUGAGAUUGUGCUGGUGAGUGCCGCAGCUGGUGCGGUCGGCACCAUGGUGGGCCAGAUUUGUAAGAUUAAAGGCUGUAAAGUGGUGGGUUCGGCUGGGAGUGAGGAAAAAGUGGCCUACCUGAAGGAGCUUGGCUUUGACUACGUUUUCAACUACAAGACCAUAACAUCUCUGGAUGAGGCACUGAAGCAAGCUUCACCUGAAGGAUACGACUGCUACUUUGAGAAUGUUGGAGGUGCUUUCUUUACUGCAGCACUUAAUCAGAUGAGGCCUCGAGGACGCAUUGCUGUGUGUGGUGCAAUAUCCCUGUACAACAACACCACACCUCAGAUGCGUCCUUUUCCCCACAUGGCCAUGCUGGCUAAAAGCAUAAGGAUGGAGGGAUUCCAAGUCAAUCAAUGGCCAGAGAAAGAUGAGGCAUCUGUCAAAAGACUGCUCACAUGGCUAAAGGAGGGGAGACUUAAGGUCAAGGAGAAUGUUACAGUGGGAUUCGAGAAGAUGCCUGCUGCCUUCCUCCAGAUGCUGAAAGGGACAGAACUGGGAAAAGCUGUUGUUAAAGUGGAAUGACUGCUUUUUGUAAUGUCACGUAUAGAAAAUUCAAUGCAUGUUUACUGUUAACAAUUUUAGUAAACAAACAAUACAGGUUU